GAUCCGAGAUUCAGGAUCAGGAUGUGCUUUUCCAGGAUUUGGUGCGUUGUCGCAUCACCUUGACGGGCAAUCCCUCCACCGUCCACAUGACGAAUCUGGUGGAUUGUACCAUCCUGGCCGGACCCGUGUCCACCUCGGCUUUCAUUGAUAACAGCCGGGAUUGCCGCUUUGUCUUGGCGUGUCAACAACUCCGGACGCACAGCACGACUCACUCGCAUUUCUACAUCCACGUCACCUCGAAGGCCAUCAUUGAAGACUGCUCAGAUCUGAAGUUCGCCCCUUACGCCCUCAAAUAUCCAGGAAUGGCCGAGGACUUUGAACGAACGGGACUCGAUUGGAGCGUGAACAAUUGGAACCGGGUCGACGAUUUCAAUUGGUUGGCCUCGGAUCAGGCUUCACCCCAUUGGUCGGUCCUGGCCGAGCCCCAGGACUUCAGUAUUGAUGGAUUGAAGAACUAACUAACCCAUGAUGAGCAAUCGUAAUCGUAAUAAGAAUGGCACUUGAAGGGAAACUCGUUCUGAUAUAGAUUGUAUUUUCAUGUA